AUGGCGGGACGCCAGAAGGAGAAGGAGGCCCCAGAUGAGGUCCGCCAGAACACGAUCUUGCGGGAAGUCUAUGUCAAAGAGCGUGACACCCAGAAACUGUACACGCAGUAUCACGUGAAUCCCUUCAGCAAGGUUCACCUGAUUACCAGAAAGCCCAUGUCCUGGCAUGAUAACCUGGAGGAACCUGUAGAUGGCAGGUUUCUGGAUCUUAUGCACCAUGCCACCCAGCAACCAAAGAUGAAAUACCCAGAGACACAGACUGAAAGCCAGGAGUACGGAUGGGACUCAGAGCCCUUGGUCAACCCAGAACGCCAGGACCACAGGCUGAACCACUUCCAGGUCUACAAGGACAUCACUCUGUAUAAGGCUAAAAUGUGGAGCCUGGGAGAAGAUGAUCGCCACAAGUAG